GGUCUAUAAGAAUUCCUAAUAUUUUUCUAAAGUAUUAACGAACAAAAAUAUGUAAAUAAAAUUGCAAAACAAAAAAAUACAAAAAGAAAAAAAAAAAGAAUUAUUUCAUCCUUUUUGUUUUUUCAUUUCCGUUUUACAGUCUCUCAUUUCCUCCAAUCCCUAAUGUUUUUAUAUUCGAAUUUUUUAACACCUGUAUGCAUAGUAGUACCAUCAUUAAAAUAUUAUUCUAGAUUCAAUCCUAAAAUCGCCUGCUAAAAUAAAAAAUAAAUCCUUAAUAAUAUCACAGUAAAAAUAAAAACAAAUAAUAAUAACAAAAUAAAAAGGAAAUAAAAUAAAAGAAAAGGAAACAAAAAAUCAGAAUUCUAGAAUCCUGUCUUCAUGUACACAUCUACUUUAAAGGAUAUAAUAAUAAUAUUAUUAAAAUAAAAUAUAGUACAGGAUAUAAAAGUUAAAAGGAAGUGAGAAAAAACAAACAAAAAAAAAUUAAAUAUUUUUGCUCUUUUUUUUUUUUUUGGUUUUUUUAGUUUUUUUUUUCGAAAAUUAUAGAAUUUUUAGAAUUAUGUCAAAUAAUAUAAAAUUUUUGUGGUUAUUCCAUUUUCGAACUUAUUUGAUUUACUAUUUGUGUUGUUAUUUACUUAUAAUGGUAGCAGCUGGUAGUCGUGUUGUUAGCGGUUUAAAAUGUUAUUGUAAUCCACAAGAAUGUGAUGUUAUUAGAUCACAGGAUUGUCCAGGGAAAGGAAUUGUAUUGUGGGAUCCUUGCAAAUGUUGUAAAAUAUGUGCAAAAACCUUAGGUGAAAAAUGUGGUGGUCCUGGUGGUUUCUCUGGGACAUGUGAACCACCAUUACAAUGUGUUGCUAGUUUACCAGUUACAACUGGAUUAGGUAUUUGUAAGGAGCUUCCAUUUUUGUCACAAACAUAUCUUAAUUGUACAAAUGAUCAGACAAUAUUAUUAGAACCAGGAUGUGAAAUAACAAAUAAAAAAUGCCAAUGUUGGCCAGAAUUAAGAAUAUGCAGAGGAGAUCGUACAAUAAUAUCAUCAGUAUCAACAGAUAUUCGAUGGCACUUUAGAACAUUAGAGGACUGCCAAUUAAAUUUACAAAAUUUAAUAAAAAAUGAAAUGGAAUUUGACGAAGACUAUACAAUAUCACCGCAAAGUUUCUCCUAUCGAAAAUUACGAAGAAAGAGAAGAGCAUCAUUACGUAGGGGAAGAACGGGUAGAAGAAGGUCACUAUAAAGUUACAUCACAACAUUGACCACAUUUUUGGAUUUAAUAUUAUUUAUAUAUAUACAUAUAUUCAUUUAUUAUAUAAUUAAAAGACAAAAAAAAAAAAAACAUAAUAUGUACAUAUGCAUAUAUUUACAUAAUUAAAUAUAAUAUAAAAAUAAAUAAAAAUAAUUAUAUAAUAAUAUAUACACCUGUUAGAUAAUAUCACAAAAUUUAUUAUUAUAUAGACAAAUUAUCGAUCAUGUAAUAGUAAAAUUAAAAAAAAGAAAGAAUGAAAACAAAUAAAACAAAAAGAAAAUUACACAAGAAAAACGAUAACGGCUCAAAAAUAUAAAAAGGAUUUUAAGUUAAGAAUAAUGGAUUUUGUUAUUUAUAGUAAACAAGAACAACUAUAUUAUAUAAUAAAUAAAUAAAUAAUAAAUUUAAAUGCAGAAAAACAAAAAAAAAUCAGUUUAAGAAUAAAGGCUUCAAUAAAAAAAAAAAAUUACUGAAAAUGUAACUGGAAAAAAAAAGUGUUAUACAUAAAAUUCCAAUUUGUAUAAAAUAAUAGUAAAAAAAAAAAAUUCUUAUAUAUAUAAAAUAUACAUGUAUAUAAAUAUUUCUAUAUACAAAUAUAUAAAUAUACAUAUAUUUAAAUUUAAGUUAAUUA